GUCCAGCCUGCAAAGGCUCCAAUCUACACACUCAUUGUCCGAGUCCUCUGUUGCUGCUGCCACCAUGUCCUGUCCAAUGCCACAGCGCCGGGCCAUAACCACAAUCCUGGGUGCCAUGGAGUUUGGGCGCCGCAUGGACCAAGUUGCGAGUGCCGCUUCAUUGCGCACCUUCCUGGAUCAGGGCUACAACGAGAUCGACACAGCCUUCUACUACGCUGAUGGCCAGUCGGAGACCAUCCUGGGCAGCCUGGGGCUCGGGCUGGGCCGCAGUGACUGCAAAGUGAAAAUUGCCACCAAGGCGCUCCCAUAUAAUGGGCAGUCACUGAAGCCUGAGAGUGUGCGGUAUCAACUGGAGACUUCACUGAAGCGGCUGCAGUGUCCACGGGUGGACAUCUUCUACCUACACAUGCCUGACCGCAACACCCCCAUAGAAGAGACGCUGCAUGCCUGCAAUGAGCUGCACAAGGAGGGCAAGUUUGUGGAGCUGGGCCUUUCCAACUAUGCUGCCUGGGAGGUGGCUGAGAUCUGCACCCUGUGCAAGAAGAAUGGCUGGAUCCAGCCCACUGUGUACCAGGGCACGUAUAGCGCCAUAGCCCGGAUGGGAGAGAAGGAGCUGUUCCCCUGUCUCAGGCACUUUGGUUUGAGGUUCUACGCCUACAGCCCUUUGGCCGGUGGACUGCUGACUGGCAAAUUCAAGUUUGAGGACAAGGAUGAAAAAAAGUCUGAGGGUCGCUACUUUAAUGGUCCAUGGGCCGAAUUCCUUAAGAACAUUUACUGGAAGGAGGAAAACUUCAAGGGCAUUGCCCUGGUGCAGAAGGCCUUGCAGGCUGCGUAUGGCUCCAAUGCCCCCACCUUGACCUCAGCCGCCAUCCGCUGGAUAUACCACCACUCCCAGCUGAAGGGUGCCCAUGGGGAUGCGGUCAUCCUGGGCAUGUCCAGCCUGCAGCAGCUGGAGACGAACCUGGCAGCCGUGAAGGAGGGUCCCCUGAAGUCAGAAGUCGUGGAGGCCUUUGAGCAAGCCUGGAACCUGGCAGUUCCCAAAGCUGCCAACUACUACCGCUAGGCCACAGGUGACACAUGUGUAGUGGCUUAUGUGUCAAC